AUGUCGACUGGAAACCCGAUACUUCGAUGUGCAUGCGGCAUGCCAUGCGCCAGGAAAGCUGGAUCUGCGGUGGCGAGGCAGGACAAGUUCUACUUCAGCUGCGUGAACUAUGGGGUUCAGAGGAGAGCGUGUGAGGUCUACGUGUGGGAGGAUGUACUGGAGGAACACGUGCAGAAGAGAAUCCAAGCUGAACGAGUGAAGCUGCGGGAGGUGACAGAAGACCGAGACGAGUUCAUCGAGGAAAUGGCUGAUAGGAACAGGGAGAUCAGGAACCUCAGGACGAUGAACAAGAAAAUGGUGUCUGGUUCGUCCUCAUCUGAUUACAAGCAAUCCGAUGAGGAAUCAUCAAAAGGGUUCGAUGUGUAUCCUACACAACACAUCGGUACACCAGAAGAGUUAGAGUCAGAUGGCGCUAGAAAGGGCAAGAAGAAGGCAUCACAAAACCCAAUAAAUUCAAGGAGCAGCAUAAAAAAUAUGAAGGCCUUGAUUGAUGGGCUGUUUGAAGAAAAAAAGGCUCUGGUACGUGAGAUGGGGUUCGAAGGACUAUUGGAAUUACCAGCAAUAAUAAAGGCAAACAGGCAACAAUCCAUGUGGCUUAUGAGCAAAGUUGACGAGAAGGCAUCUGCUAUCAUAAUUGAUGCUAGGAGAGACUUACCUUUCGACGACGGAGACGUCGGCAAGGUACUGGGGGUGCCAUCAGUAGGAUCUCCUGUUAACAAGAAUGCACCGCCGCACGUGGCAGGUACUGUACGUGAGAUCUUAGGAAUCGGCAAUGGAGAAAAAAAGAUCACACCCAUAGUUAACAUAGUGAAGAUUCGGUAUGGCAGAGCUAUGACAAAGGCUGAAGCAGACAAGUUCAAGGUUGCCUUCACAAUUUGCGCGAUGACUUUCCUCCUGGCACCUUCACUGAAGCACAACUAUUUCAUGACAGAUUAUUGGAAUGCCUUGCACAUACCUGAUAUGAUUCAAAUGUUCAAUUGGGGAUGGUACAUUAGAGAAGAGCUCCUUUCUUCUGCUGGUAGGGUGAAGUCUGAACUGCUAGGUGGGAAACUGAAGUCAAAUCUCACUGGAUGCACGUUCUUCUUGCAGGUUUUCUAUCUUGACAACGUCGAACGAGAAGAUAAGAACCUGCCCCACGAUGUGUUCCCUAGGUGCAAGGAAUACUCACAGAAGACUAUCUCUGAUGUUAUUGAUGAAGACACGACAACUGGGAAAGAUGCAGAGAUUGUAGUGUAUGGACACCUACUGCCAAGGCAUCCGGGGACAGUAUGCUACAGCCGUAAUACCAUGGCAACAACAGCUCAGAAAACAACUGAUGGAUACGGGAUUGGGUGCGGCACAGAGGGAAUUGGGGGUGAUAAAGUGUUCACAGAUUUUGCAGGUAUUAUUAUCAACAAGGCCGAGCAGUACUCCAACAAGUGCAAGACAGCUGUAAAUGAGGCAUCAAGGAAGGGAGCAAUAUUAAACAAGAGACACGCAGAAGGAUGGGAUGAGAUUGUCAAUGAUACUAACGGGUUAAUACUCUCAGAAACUGAGAAGAUAAUUGCAGACAUCAACCAGAUAACUGAUGCAAUGAGGGCACGAAAGCAAAGGCCCAAUUAUUCAACCCAAGCAGAUGUUCAAGGGGUUCAAGGGGAUGCAGAGAAUGCACUAAGCAUAGAGUCGGCAGAGGGAGCUUCCGCUAACGUGGAACCAUUGGCAAAGAGCAAAGUAGGUGUGAAAAGAAAGAAGGUUGUUACAUCAAGGAGGCCCACACCAAAGAGGGCAAGGAUAGAGAGCUCUGAAGAAUCUGAAGGUGCUCAAGAAGAAGCAAACAAAGCAAUAGAUGAUCUGAUUGAAGCAGCAGAUGAAUACAGUAGGUUGCACAGUGGGAUUGUUGGCAAUGCGACAUGGCUGUUGGACAAUACUACAGGGAACAACUUGGAGAUGUCAGUGGUGUGUGGGGCGGCAAGAAAUGAAGUUAUAUGCUCUCCAAAAAUAGCAACAGGAACUGAUGAAGCUGCAGAGAACCAAAAGGAUGGUGUUGAAAAUAAUCAAUUGUCAAUAGUUCCUUCAGGACAUGAUGAGGACUUAGGUGGAUGUUUAUCAAUAGAUCCUCCAGAGAUGCAUGGGAAGUUCAAAGUUGUAAUGUCAGGUCUUAGGAAGAUGGACUUGAUGAAUGCUUUUACAGUCGUUUCAACGUCCAACGACGUGUCGGUUGCUUCCGCAAACAUCACCCUGGUUCUGCAGCAACCAAGAUGCAAACUCCUGAAGAUUCAGGAAUGCAGAUUGUUGCCACUCCAGCACCAAACCAAGUGUUUGCAGGGAUCAUUUAGCACACAGCCUCAGCCAAAGAGGGUGGUGAGGCCUGGGAAAUAUGCAAGGUCUCCCUUUGUAAUGGGUUAUGACCCUCCUACUAGAGCUCCAGCGAAUGUAGUGCAGAUAUACAAGCUAUUCUAUAGGGAGAACGCGAACAAGCUAAAAGACAUGUGGAUUAUCAGCACCAACCCAAAAUACAUGGACAUCAGUGGGGAGCGGCUCCGUGAGAUGCUACGCGAUGGUGGUGAGGUGGAUAGUGUGCUGAUGACAUUGGUGAUGAGAAGGUACCAACAGAUGGAUGUGGUCUUUGCUGCUGCAAAAGGGGAAGGAUGUUGGCGACAUUGGCUGGAGCCAGAUUUUGUGAACCAUGUUAGCAGAGGAGACAACAUUUCAAAGCUGAGGUACAUCAAGGACAUGUUCGUGGGGCCGCAUAUCACUUACGAGGUUCACAAGUGCACCGAGGUUGUGUUGCCAGUUAAGUUCGACUUCAAAUGGUCUACAUACAUAUGGGACUUUCCAAGGGCGAAGAUUUUUGUCCUCGACCCAACAAUGAACAAUGGUGACGAGUCUGAUAAGGUAAUUCAGCUCAGGCACAGGAAGGUUGCAGACGAGCUUCACAAGGCUAUAGAGAUAUGCAUAAAGUCAUUCUUCUCUGGAUGGGAGCCAGACAUGAGGUCGUGGAAUACAUGCUUCCCAAGGGGCCUGGCAAUAGGGAUAUGCAGAAAGUAA